AUGGCAAAUUUAUUCAUGAAUGAAUUCGAAAAGAAAAUAGACAAUUAUACAGGUAAAAAGCCAGAUCUCUAUUUGAGAUAUAUUGAUGAUAUCUUUGCUAUUAUUCAUGGAACCCAGAAAGACAUUCAUGCUCUAGUAAAAUAUAUCAAUAAACUAGACCCAAAUAUAAAAUUUACGGUAGAAAAUAACUCACUACUUUUAAUAAUGUCGGCAGAAUCAGUUAUUACACUUGUCAAAGCAUUGAUAAAAGAAAUCGAUAGAGAACAAUUAAUUAAUGCAGUGAAUACUUUAUUAAAAUCUUACAAUAAAAAUUCAUCAAUAAUAUCAGGCGCAGCAGUAGCAAUUUCCAUAUUAGCGUUACUCGAUUCCAUGAAUGAUAUGAUAUUAAAAGAUAAAUAUAGCAAACAAUUGCUGACUGCAUUAGAAUUACCAGAACAAUUCCGAAUAACAAGAUUAAAAGAAAUUAAAGAGGAAGUAAUAUCAUUAAGAGAUCGGCAACUACUUGGGGCAAGUGCAAAAGGAAUAAUGGCUCUUGCAUUUGCAGGCUUGGGUUUUGGUAGUCAAAGUUCGGCAGCAAAGUGUACAAUGUUUACUGCUUCAGCUAUCACUGGAGUAGCUGCUUUAAUUAAUGUCUACAACUACAAAGAGUUAGAUCUAUUGUUGGAAAAAAUGAAAGCUGAUGGUUUAUUAUAG